CUGUCGGACGGAGGAUAACAGGCGAGGUGGGAGAGGGCUGAACUCACAGCAGCCUCAGACUCUGACAGGAUGGAGCUCUACCUCGACCUGCACUCCCAGCCCUGCCGUUCCGUCUUCCUGUUGGCCAAAGCUAUCGGGAUUCCCUUUGAGUUUAAGUUGGUGGAACUCUCUGCAGGGCAACAGUACAGCGAGGAAUUUGGAAAGAUCAAUGUCAUGAGGAAGGUUCCCGUCAUGAAGGAUGGAAGCUUCGUUCUGACGGAAAGCGUGGCGAUCCUGAAGUACAUGCUGCAGAAACACUCGUCGUCAUUGGCAGAUCACUGGUACCCAGCUGACCUGCAGCAGCGUGCUCGUGUUAAUGAAUACCUAUCCUGGCAGCACAUGAACCUCAGAGCUCACGGGUCCAAGGUCUUUCUGCUCAAGGUACGAGUCCCCGAUCAACCCGGCGCU